AUCAAUUUCCGAAUAUACUGGUCAUUUGUUCAAUCACCUCUCAUUAUUCGCCUGCAGAUACUUGUCUACCUGGACGAGUGGGUGGGUACAUGCUGGAACCCGUUGCAACCGCACUUUUCACUUCUGUCCUUGGUAGCCAUAUAGGACAACCGGCUGCGUUCCAGGCUACUGCUCGAUCAAUGCGACGCUCUUCGGCAAAUAUUUUGACGUCUGAUUUCUUUAUUCCCCAACCAAGACGCGUCAAGGAUAAGGGGAAAGCAAGGGCAACGGGGGUCCGACUUGAACUGCACGAGUGCACCCCGGAUCGUCUGUUGCAAUGUCGAGAAUGGUCGUGUAUCGCCCGGCACUCGAUAUGGUGUUCAAAUCGCCAUCGACGGCUUCUGAUGAAAGAGUUCCCUUUGGUUGAAGACAUUCCAUCCAGAAGUCGUAUCUCCACGCGAAUUCCCGCCACCCUGCAUCCAUAUUCUUCUCGUCGUGUCGCUGUUCGUGCUCACGGUGGGCAGAGAAGACAUGUUUCGCGUACUUCGAAAACCGGACCGCCGUCUGACGAUUCCGGAGUUUCUUCUGUCGCCGAGGCAGGUUCUGAAGCUGUUGAUGCAUCCCUCAUACAUCCGGAAGUGGCGUCUGAGAUUCCAUACGACUCUUCCGACUCUCGGUGGGUUCUACCAUCGCAUCUCCUUCCACCGGAUAAGAGCGCACAAGCAAUACAUUCCCUUCACCGUGUUGCACUCAAACCUCCAGACGAUUUUGAUAUUGAAGAAGCCUGGACGGUUUACGAGUCUGUCACUGAGGAGCAUGCAGAGCAUCUAACAAGUGUUUACCUUCUCCACCAACUCGUAGAGCGUAUGCUGUACACAGCGGAAAAAUGGUACGACUCAAAAACCGGCCUAGAGGCGCUUCAUCAAUGGGGGGACCGGAUAAAACAUCUCUUGCAAACCCUAGAAUCACGGAUAUUGUCUCCUUCCCGGUUUCACCAUGCACAUUGCUGUCUCACCGCACGUGCACACGCAUUAACCGGCGAAUACGAGCUCGCGGCGCAGUACCUCCAAGCAGCGCGCGUGUACAGGGAAUGUACACCGGUGGACGUCAUCACGAUGCACCUGAGCAUAUUGCUAUCAAAAGUUCGCUAUUAUGAUGUGCGUCAAAUGGUGGCAUACCUUCUUGCUGAAUGGAACGACGUAAGCGCCUAUCUUACCGUACCCUGCCGACAACCAUUUCCCUCCGACCCUGUCCAGCGUGCAUGGACACUGUUUUUCUUUACCGUGACAGACCUGCUGUGCCACGUUCCAGAUGCCAAUGUUUUUUUUGCCCCGGAAGCGCGUCUAGAGGUUAUCCAAAAGGAGCGUAUAGGUAGCUUGUUCAUCCAAGCACACUGCACUCGUUCGCGACCUAUGCAUGCUUGGGAUGUUUUUCGGGCGAUGCACGCCCAAGGCCUCGUCCCGCAACUACAGGUCCACCUAGCCCUUGUUCGCGCGCUAACGAAGGAGGAAGCGAUGGGUCCUGCGAAAGAGGCUUUUUCUUACCUCGCCCAAACACAUGCCAAGUCCUACCUGUCGACUGCACUUUAUCUGUAUGCCCACGACGGCGACUUUGAAAGGAGCGAAUUUUUUUUCGACCAGCUCUCACAUGACGACCUGGUGUCGAGGGAAGAUACUGCGAUGUUGAUGCAUUCGUACGCGGUGCACGGCAAGGUCAAGCAGGUGCUACACUUGUUUAAGGAAUUCUUUCCCGAGUUUGUGAAUGCGAAAGGGCAGCGAAGGCGGGCGAACGAUCCUCGGAAUAUCCACUAUGCUACCGUGUUGUAUGCUUAUGCACGCAGUGCCGACCUCGGUGGUAUUGACCAGUGGUUGGGAGUCAUGCGUGAGGCGGGUAUCAAGGUCAACGUGGUCAUGUAUACUAUGAUCCUCCAGGCGAUGGCCAUUAAGGGAGAUCUGGAAGCACUAGGUCUCACUAUGGAGCGGAUGCAAAGCUCUGGCAUGAAGCCUACCGUCGCCACGUAUACUACUCUCAUUUCAACCAUGGCGAAGAUGCAGGAUCCGCUUACUGCUGAGAAGCUUUACAAGAAAGCGCUGGAAGAUGGGAUCAAACCGAAUUCUCGUAUGAUCAAUACUCUAAUGACUGCUCAUGCUGAAGCGGGGUCAUGGAGAGGAGUUAUCAGGAUAUUCGACUACGUCCGUUCGAUGCCCAAUACGCCAUUGACCAUCGACAUCUGCAAUAUCUUACUCAAAGCCUACGUUCGGAUUGGAGCACCAUUCCGUAUCGUAGCGCGUUUAUUCAUGAAACUCAAGUAUUCUUCUGUUAAACCUGACAAGUACACUUAUGCGCUAGUCAUCCUCGCUGCGUGCGACGCUGGCCUCAUGCCUACAGCCACGAACCUGUUUUAUGAGAUGGACCGCUCUGCAACAUUUAUCUCCGACAUCAAAGUCACCGUUCAUGUCAUGACGAUGCUCAUGGGAGGUUGGCUCCGGUUGAAUAAAAAGAAGAAAGGAAAAAUCGUGUAUGACAUGAUGGUCGACCGGGGGAUCCAGCCUAACUCGAUCUCGUUUGGGGAGAUCCAGAACGCGUAUGGUCUCGAACGCUCGGAUGCGGGGCUCAAGCUCGCGGAAGAAUUCAUUGAAACGCUGAUGAGUGCUCCGCCGGAGCACCGUACAUGGUUAGUUCCCCCGCGAGUAGGCAAGACGUCCAUGGACCACAUCUACGCGGCGGUGCUGUGGGGCUACUCACGCAAGGUGCAACCGGAGGACGUAGAGCGGGUGUACCAGCACAUGCUAGACCACGGUGGAGCGCCGACACUAGGGAUGCUCACUGCGCUGAUGGACGCCUAUAGGAGGUCGAGGAAUGUCGACGCGGUGCUCCAGGUGUGGCCACAAGUGUUCCAGAUGGGGUUGCAGCUCACUCAGCAGACUCGUGUGUUUGGACUGGAUAAAGAUGGACGGGGCCAAGUGAGAGUCCGGGGAGACAUGCUGAGUAUCCCACUGUCGAUAUACAUAGAUGCUCUCUCCCGUGCCGCCCUCUUCACGGAGGUUGCAGCGAUCUGGAAGCGUUUCCAGGAUCACCAGUUCGUAUUCACGUCGAAUAACUACAACCAUCUCGUAAUCGUACUCCUCCGGGCCGGGGAGAUCGAGCGGGCGUUUGAGAUUGUGGAGAAGGUGAUUUUACCUUAUCAGCGCAAGUACAAGGCGGUGGUGAGCGACCGAGAUCAGCAGCCGGAGACGCCACUGCUGUUUGAGGAGUAUGAUAGGAUACUGCAGGAGGAGCGAAGGGGUGACUGGGGCAGGGAGAGGAGGGAGUCAGGGAAGAUGCAUGUCGAUAUGUUCAAGCGAGAACCAUGGACGGAGCAGAUGAUGGUAGAGGAUGAACGGGAGGAUGACUACGCGCAUCCGCUGUACAUCCUGCAACAGAUCUCCCCAGGGUGGAAUACAUGGCGGCCGCACCGGGCGACGAUGAGCGCGUUGUUGAUGGUCUUGCUGAGACUGAAGGCGGGGCUGCUGUUGGAAGCAAUGGCCUUGCAUAAGCAGGACCCCGAUGAGUUUCCGGCACAAGGGCGUGAGGAACUUGUGGCAGAACGCGAGGAGAGCGAGGCGCUGUUGGGAAGUUUGUUCGGGCAGUUCCCCGACUCAGUGGAAGAGCUGAGGGUGUUUGAGAUUAAGGAGAGGAAUCGAUUAGUGAGUGGGUUCGAUAAGAGGUACAGGCAAUUUGUGCCAAGAUGAUUUGGAUUUGAUUGGGUUGGUUGGGUUACGAGCUCAGAAUCGAUUAACGAUAUCCCAGCUGAUCAUCCUGGCGACAAUGCUUGCCAGGCGAUUACGACUCAGUCGUCAGUCGAGAGGAGGUCAGGCUGAGGACCUGAGGCGAAAAAGGGAAGGUUUAAUAUCUACUUGUAGAAAGGAAAAGUAGCAAUACGAAUACACUACUAGUCAGGAUGCAGGUGGAAGAUAAUUUCACGUUAAAGAUACUAAUUACGGGAAGGUAAAGGAAAGUUGGAUUCAGUGGUGUGAAAAUAGUAC